CUUCACCCAACUUAAUGCUAAAUUACAUGGCUAUUCAUUUCUUCCUUGGAGAUACCACGAGUAACUGAUUGCUAUUAGACAGCAAGACUUGUUUCCAGGCUAGAAUUUACAAACUGGCGUGCUCAACUCCUGCAUUAUCCUCCUUUUCCAUGUCCGGAAUCUGGCUCUGCUUGAUGUGCACAGUUUUCAAUACUAUGGUUCAAUAACAUUAGCUGCCCGACGACUUUACGCUGACGAUUUUGAAAACAGCGAAAGUCGUAGCAUUGCUCUUCUCUUUAUUUUAUUUUCUCACCAAACCGGCUCUGCGUGAAAGUUCAACCGAUCUUCGACUGUGAUUUGUCUGUCUCGAGCAAGGAAAAAAUAAACGAGACGGCUUGACAAAAUGCCGACCCUCGAGAUCAACGACUUUAACAUCGUAUGCUCCGUCCUUGGAGGUUUCAUUACACUCUUCGGACUGGUGUCCUAUCUAUUCAAGGAACGGUUCUACCUGUCAGAAGCAUUGAUUUCCAUGCUUGCAGGCAUCGCAUUUUCGCCUCACGCCGCUAAUUUUAUCAGGCCCAUGGACUAUGCCCUGGGCUCCCAGGCCAAUCUGGACACGAUCACGAUGUACUUCACUCGUCUUGUUCUCGGCGUCCAGUUGGUUCUCGCCGGCGUUCAACUUCCAGGCCGCUAUCUGCAACAGGAAUGGAAAAGCCUAUCCUUGCUUCUCGGGCCCGGGAUGGCUUUUAUGUGGCUUGUUAGCGGCCUUCUUAUCUGGGCAAUGGUGCCCAACAUUUCAUUCGUCCAAGCAUUGGCUAUCGGCGCUUGUGUAACGCCUACAGAUCCCGUUUUGUCAAAUUCCAUCGUCAAGGGAAAAUUUGCCGACAAGAACGUGCCACGGCCUCUGCAAAGGAUCAUUGUCGCCGAGUCUGGCGCCAAUGACGGCCUGGGCUAUCCGUUUCUUUUUAUUGCUUUGUACCUCAUGAAAUAUACCCAAGGUCCCGGCUUCAGUGGUGGAGGAGGGAAGGCGAUUGCUUUAUGGAUCUACGAGACAUUAGUCUAUGAGAUCUUGUUAAGUAUUGUUUAUGGAAUCGCAGUCGGUUGGUUGUCUAUGAAGCUGCUGCAUUGGGCUGAGGAAAAGCGAUAUGUAGAUCGAGAAAGUUUCCUUGUCUUUGCAAUUUCUCUGGGACUAUUCAUAAUGGGUACUUGCGGUCUUUUUGGGACGGACGAUUUGUUAGCCUGUUUCAUAGCCGGAAAUGUCUUCACUCAAGAUGACUGGUUCCGUCUAGAAACCAUGGACGACUCCCUCCAACCGACUGUUGACAUGCUUCUCAAUCUUGCCAUAUUCAUGUGGUUUGGUGCCGUCUGUCCAUGGGUUCUUUUCGCUCACAAUGACAUUAUCCCCAUCUACCGUCUGAUUGCGCUCGGUAUCAUGAUCCUUCUGUUCCGUCGGCUCCCUAUUGUCUUCGCCAUGCACAAAUACAUCCAUCAAAUCGAACAACUCUCCCAGGCCGCUUUUGUUGGAUUCUUUGGACCUAUCGGCGUUGGCGCUAUUUUCUACCUGUCAGUCUGCAGACAGUUCCUUCUUGAAGAGAUGAUCGUAGACGGAAAGGUUCGCGACGAUGCGCAAAAGACGGCUGAUGCAACUUAUAUCGUGGUAUGGUUUCUCGUCAUGUGCAGUAUCAUUAUCCACGGUCUCAGUAUCCCCGUUGGAAAAGCUGGAUACCAUAUCCCACGCACAAUAUCCACGGCACUGAGCGUCUCCAGCGCAGAACCCGACCCGAUCCGCCUCCCCAAUAGCCGGAGUACGCACAGCACCGCAAUGCCAACUACGGGCAAUCUGCGCUACAAUCGGAACCGGAACCGUGAGCGCGGCCGCCGAAACACGCCUCCUUCCACUGUAUUUCGGAUUGGAGGCAGCCCGAGCCAGCAAGAGGCGCAUGUCGCGUCACCUACAGAUAGUGCUGCGGGGCUUCAUCCGGGAGGGAGUCAGAGACAGCAGCAGCAUGGUGAGGAGGAGGGUGGUGUGGCUAAGCAUUCAAGCAUGCCCGCGGUUCCGACGCAGGUUGCUGUGCAUGAACCUAUUCGGCCUAUAAGACUGAUAGGGGACGAUGGUAGGGUGGAGACGCUGAAUGCCAAUUUAGAGUAAACAUUCAUGGCGGUUGUUUGGACUGUGCAUGCGUAAGGGGGCGUGUUUGUGCAGCUUUUCGCUACAUGGAAACAGAUAUAUGAGCAAUAGAGCUAGGGGCUGUACGGAGCAAUGUAGUAAAUUGGAUAUUAGCUGGCAGUACAUAUACAGAGAAAUAAAGGUCAUCAUUAAAUGUCUAAUA